ACGACUUCUCUCUCUCUAGUCUCUAUCCCUAUCUGGCUAUCUCCCUUUCUCCCUCCGUGUGUAUCAUGAGUACCUUAUCUUCUUGUGAGAGAGAUUUUUUUUUUAUUUUUUCUUUAAUUUUUUGUUCACUUUUUUUGAGUUCUUCCAUGGCAUGAGCCGAACAGAAACCACCCAACUCUCUGAAAGACUCAGGCACCCACCCACCCACCCACCCACAUCCACUCUCUUUGUACGUAUAAAUACAUUUACUUUCCCCAUCGUUGCUUCCAAACCCAGAAUCCUCACCCCACACACACUGUGACAGGGACACGCGGAAAGUGUAUGAGCCACCAUGACUCGCUCUCUAACUCAAACUACUCUGGCAGCCACGAACACAUCCACGGUAGAGGCGGCGGAGGCUCCUCCUCCUGAGGCGGUGACAGUGGAGUCGGACUUCGUCGUCGUACUGGCCGCCCUGCUAUGCGCCCUCAUAUGCGUGGUGGGGUUAAUCGCUGUGGCCCGCUGCGCCUGGCUCCGCCGCGGCUCCGGAAGCGCCGCAUCCCCCUCUCCGGCGCGGGCUCUAGCCAACAAGGGCCUGAAGAAGAAGGUGCUCCAGUCUCUCCCAAAGUUCACCUACGGCUCGCCGGACUCGGACAACGCCAAGAACCGAAAGAUGGGAGCAGCCGAUUGCGCCAUAUGCUUGGGAGAGUUCGUGGAUGGGGACGAGCUCAGGGCUUUGCCGCAGUGCGGCCACACCUUCCACGUCUCCUGCAUCGACACGUGGCUUGGCUCCCACUCCUCGUGCCCCUCUUGUCGACAGAUCCUGGCGGUGGGUAGGUGCCAGAAGUGCGGUCAGUUUCCGCCUCCUCAAACUCAACCUCCGGCCGAGUCGAGGGCCAGACAAUAUUUCACCGCCAUUACCAUCAAUUCUAACCCGGAUAAUACUCCUACUUUCUUGCCUUAGAACAGACUACUUGGUCAUCGCCGUCAUGCGUAUUGUAUAGAGAGUAAUAAUUCUUCAAGUAUGUCUAGGAUUUGUAUAUUUCUUUUUCUUUUUUUUUGGCUCAAGUUAAUUGCGAGAAAUAUGAGAAUGAUAAUUCCGCAGUAUUUUUUGCUGCCCCAAA